AUGCGUGGUGAGAAGAUAAUUAACUCUGGAGGUGUACCGAAACUAUGCCUGGAUAGUUCAUCCACUUCUGAAGAUGAGCCAUUAUACACUGUCGCCAAUGAUAAAAACUAUUCACCACGUUCAGAUUCAACAGUUAGCUGGGGUACAGAAUCACUAAGUGAUUCCAGUCGCAAUUUUUCCAUACGACCUGCUGUUUAUCCACCUUGGGCUACACAUUUACCUUUGGACUCCGUGCUAAGUCAUACAGAAGAUAGAAAACCUGAGAACUUGCAGGAUGACGGUGGACAAAUGUCUUCAAGACGUGGUGAUAUCACUCAUCGCAUAUGUUCUGAUCUAGAGAACAUGUGGAGGAGUGAACAUGCAAAAAAUGUAUCUGGUUACAAGGUAAGCUAUUCAGCAUUAAAUAAUUAG